CUCCAAAUACACAGGAUCUAUUGAUUGAGCGCAAGGAAUACUAUCAUGCAGGUUCUCCGGAGAGCUGAACCUCGUGAUGUUCCGGGGAUUGUUCGCCUGGUGAAAAGAGAGAGCAACGGUGGCAAAGAUGACCUUGAAAAGACUUUGAAACGACGCUUUGGCGAAGAUUUUGAUAUCGCUGAGCUAAUUGAUACCUGUCCCUUCAGCAUAGUCGGCACCGAUGCAGAAGAUACGCAGAUCUAUGGUUUCUUGGCACUUUGCAAUGGCCCACCAGCAUUCAUGGACAAAUCUGGCCAGUUUAAGGGGGAUAGUGAGGCCGCAGAGACUGCUAGAGGAGAUUGGCCGAAAUGGCUGAGGAGGUGGUAUGACAGUCCUGAUGUACAGGUUCACAAUACCAAGUUUCUGGCUUUUUUUGUGGCCGAUCCUGAUCAUUCCCUCCCAUUCCUCGACGAGGCGCUCACAACGGCGUUCACACUUCUCCCGAAUCUCUCCUACAUCAGCUAUCUUCUUCCCGAACAGUUGGUUCUCUUUCCCCCUCUCUCUUCGGCUCGAUACCUCCCUUCCACCUCAGAAGAAGCCAAGCACAAGAAAUCGUCCCGUCGUCGUCUUGUUCGGGGUCGUGGAAAGAAAGGACCUGCAAAGUACUUUGUGGAAGCACCCUCCUUGACUAACAGCGCGACGUUUGCCUUGUGGAUUUGCGCGAGGAAGGAUGUGCUACCCAUAUUGAAAGUGAGAAAUGCGAGGGUAGAGGAUGCCGAUGAUCUUGUGCCAAUGUUCAGAAAACAAAAGAUCAUUAAAGAAAAGGACGCAGACUUUUACAUUGCGAAUCUCUUGGAGUCAAAGACGGGUCACACACGCACGUUGGUAGCAGAGGCAGAUGGCGAGGUAGUGGGGUUCAUGAGCUUCGAUCGAAACAUUCAGCAACAAGCACUCGUGGACACUUUUCACUUGGAAGCCUUUGAUUAUCUGCUCAAAGAGGUACCAGAACGCAAAAAAUCUAAAGCUACCACACCAGCUUCAAAUAAGCCAGGCUCAGCUAGCUUAUCGCUUGGUCCUGCGUCACGACCGCUGUCCGGGGUAACAAGUGGGCUGGAAUCCCCAGCCAUGACACGGCCUGGGACCCAGGAACAAGAAGGAUACAUCAAUUCACUUGGGACAGCCCCCAUAACCCCACGCUCUGAUUCUUUUGUACGUCCAAUGUCCCCAUUCUUGCCCUCAUCCCCAACCAAGCCUAGCUCUCCUCCGUCACCGUCAAAGCCGCAAACCCCCAUUACCCAAACACCGAACGCCUUUUGUAUCUCGCUGUUCUCAAUGGAUGAUGCUUAUGCCAAGCAGUCCAUUGAGUUUGUUAAGACGGCGUUCACGCAUUUGUUCCCCGAUUUGGAUUACUGCGUCGUAACGGUUCCCACUACAGCACCCGAGAUGCCACUUUUGAAAGAUUUCGCUAGCGUUCCUGCAAAGGCAGGAAUGACAAGUUUGCAUUGUUUGUAUCUGAUCAACCGCUUUGGUAUUACGGAGCCCGUAUCUGUUCAACGCGCAGCAGCUGAAGACCGUAUCGAGGUUGAUGCGUUUUUGGAAGACGUGUCAAGCAAAGAGAAUAUUCUCUCGGUAUUUGACACAUCUAUUCAACCCGGCACGCCAACCAUUGCCCCAAAGCACCACUCAUUUACAAUACGUUAUUCGGAGCAACUCAUUGGACUAGUUAUACUUGAAAGUCUGCAUGAUGUCAAGCCCUAUACCGACCAGUUUGCCAUCCAUGAUUUCAUUCAUCCACGGUUUUUGCGAGCUGAUGCGCCGAUCGUUUUGAGGCAUUUUCUUGUCAAUCCGCUAUUUGAGCAUCAAGCUCGGUGGGUUUUUGAAGAGCUAUUUCGAAUCACCGGCAGCAAGUGCUUUAUCUACCCAGUGCUUGGGUCCAGUGAUUCUGCUACCAAAAAGAUUGCCGUGAGGGAACUUGCCCCAGUCAGACGCAGGAGAGAGAUCCAGUUUCCAGGCAAUCUUCGCGAUGGCAAACCUGUUCCACCGCCUUUCCGCUGCAGCCUUCAGCUCAUUACGACAGCCCUAUUGCAUGAGCCCAAGAUCAUGGUCAAUACGCGGAUUGUCGUUAUAGGAGGCUCAGAUACUGGUAUUGCCUUCAUAGAGAAUCUGGUUUACAACCCGCACUUGUGGUUCACAAACCUGACACUCGUCAGCAUGGAUGGUGCUCCGAUCCCUGACGAAAAGGAUGGGGAUGUGUUUGUCAGCCAUCGUUGCUACAGUCCCACUGAACUGGAUCAAUUAGGUUUACCGCAUUAUGUCAAAAUCAUUCGCGGAUCAACCGACGAGAUAGAUAGACUAAUGAAGCGGGUGCAUUUGACCAAUGGGUCUUUUGUAAAUUACGACUAUCUCAUUCUUACACCCGGUCUCCAGUUUUCUGUUGCAACACUGAAUGAAGAGUUGGCGGAUACUACUGGAGUCUAUGCGUUGAACCGGGAAAACGCAUUGGAGGUGAAUGAUGCGAUAGAUCACGCGCUGAUGGACUCGAGUGCCUCCAAGAUUGUUGUCUAUGGACGGCAUAUACAGGCGUACUCGGGAGUGCAGUUGCUUUUGAGCAAAGGAGUAUCACCUUCGCGAAUCGUUCUGGUCGUCCCGCCGUUACGGGUACCAGCAAGUUGCUUCAACAACGGGACCGUGGAUGAAAAGAUACAUGCAGUGUUGGACAACCUUGGGGUGACGGUUUACCGGGGAUGGUCACUUCUCAAAUGGGAAGAGGAGCGUGAUGCGCUGUCGGCAGUGCAUCUAAAGUCCAAAAGCGAUGACAUGCAAACUCUGAUUUGCGACACUUCACUCUUCCUCUACGCGGAUGAGCGAUCUGUUGUUCCUGAUACUUUCAAGUCAAUCAACGAUAGCUGCUUGGUGUUUGAUGGGCGACUGGUCAUUGACAAAUACUAUCGGACGCAAGAUCCGUUUGUGUAUGCUGCGGGCAGCAUCACCAAGUAUUCGAGUCGGUACCAAACAAAGUGGGCGCAUGAAUACUCUGACUCGAGAGAGGUUGGCCGAAAGCUGGCGGACUUGCUUCUGCCGCUGUUUGAUCCAACUUGUCUGCCAAAUAUCCUUGUGGAAAAUGACGAGAUACUUCAGUUCGAGGAUGCCAAAAAGACUUUGACGCUACUACCUGGAGACCUUUUUUACUUUCAUUUCGAUUGCCCGCGGCUUCCAAGUCAUACACUCGAGUAUCGCAAGCAACAAGGAGCUUAUGGCCGAGAUCUUGUCCUUGACACCUUGGAUGUUGCAAGCUGCAAAGGCAGCUAUUUCCGCAUUCACGUGGAUCCGAUGGGAUAUAUCCGGUCGCUAACAUAUCUUGGGCAACAGACAAUUCCAAUUGAUAACAUUGUCACAUUGUAUGGAAUGCAUGAAAAGUACUUUAAGCGACUCGUGGCAAGAUUUGACGAAGGCAUUAUCACGGACUUUGCAAGCUAUCUGAAUGAGCCAUGGGCGCUGCCGUUAUACUAUGACCAAUUUCCUGAAUGUUUGCGAGAAAUCCGGCAAGAGCUUUUAAACCUCCGAUAUAAAGAAGGUGAUGAGAUUGGAGAAGUGGUGGAGACAUUGGCAGAACAUGCGGAAGCCAGAACAGAUGUACCGGACGAAGAGCGCAAGAAUCUAUACAAGGCAUUUGAUAAUGCACCUGGACGCAAAUCCUUUGAUGAUCGGAUAUUCAAGUACUUGUUGGAGACCCAAAUCUAUAAUUCGUAUCCGUAAAAUGAAGGUGUGAAUUGAUAUAAAAAAAAAAUAAUAAGUACCGAAAACUGUAAAUAA